GGAGUUGCACUUGAAUCUUUGCAUUUGGCAUUAUAUCAGUCAUUUAAAAUGUUAGGAUAUAGGAUAUUUAAACACCGAAAGCUUUGCAAGGUUUGCUCUUGAGCGACAGCCCGUUUUAUACCCUAAAAUCCCGGAGUCAGCGUGUGCACCCCGUCUCUCUGCCCGGUUUGGGACCGUAUCCUGGCCGCUUCGACUCGAUGGGAACCUCGGCUUGUCCCCGGAGCGUCAGACGUUAGCGAAAAGAGGCUGCGGGAGCGCACAGAACAUGAUGAAGUUGGUGCUCCUCUUCGUGCUCUCGGCUGCAUCUUGCCUCGCCACCAUCAGUGCACCAAAUGAGUUUGUAUCCUUGGCGGAAAUGGAGGACGCCCUCUUGAAGAAUCUCUUCCAAGGCUAUCAGCGUUGGGUGAGGCCCAUUCAGCAUGCCAACGACACCAUCAGAGUCCGCUUCGGUCUCAAGAUCUCCCAGCUGGUCGACGUGGAUGAGAAGAACCAGUUGAUGACGACUAAUGUUUGGCUUUGGCAGCAGUGGAUUGAUUACAAGCUGCGUUGGAAUCCAGACAAAUACGGAGGCAUUACUUCCAUUCGAGUUCCAUCUGAAAACAUUUGGCUCCCAGACAUUGUCCUGUACGAAAACGCUGAUGGCCGGUUUGAGGGCUCCCUGAUGACCAAAGCUAUUGUCAAGUACAACGGGGUCAUCACUUGGACACCGCCCGCCAGUUACAAAUCGGCCUGCACCAUGGACGUCACCUUUUUCCCCUUUGACCGCCAGAACUGCACUAUGAAGUUCGGCUCUUGGACCUACGACGGCAACAUGGUAGACCUUGUUUUGAUUGACGACCAAGUGGACCGGAAGGACUUUUUCGACAAUGGCGAGUGGGAGAUCCUCAACGCCACGGGCGCAAAGGGAAACAGGAAGGACGGCCUGUAUUCCUACCCCUUCCUCACGUACUCCUUCAUCCUGAAGAGGUUGCCGUUAUUCUACACGCUCUUCCUCAUCAUCCCUUGUCUGGGGUUGUCUUUCCUGACUGUGCUGGUCUUCUACCUUCCGUCUGACGAAGGCGAGAAGCUUUCGCUGUCCACCUCUGUCCUCGUGUCACUCACUGUUUUCCUUCUCGUCAUCGAGGAGAUCAUCCCCUCAUCUUCCAAAGUCAUCCCGCUCAUCGGCGAGUAUCUGCUCUUCAUCAUGAUCUUUGUCACACUCUCCAUCAUCGUCACCGUGUUCGUCAUCAACGUUCACCACCGCUCGUCGGCCACCUACCACCCCAUGUCGCCGUGGGUUCGCAACCUUUUUCUUCAGAAGCUGCCGAGGUUGCUGUGCAUGCGAGGUCACAUUGACCGGUACCACUACCCGGAGCUGGCUCCCGAAAGUCCUGAGGUGAAGCCACGAUCUGGAGGUCGGAGAGGAGGCCAGAGGGCCAGCGCUGGACAGACCACUUCCGAUGGAAAGGAAGAUGAGGCCUGGGCCACCAUGCUGGAGAAGGCCAUCUACUCAGUGCGAUACAUAAGCAGACACAUCCGCAAGGAACACUUCAUUCGAGAGGUGGUUCAAGACUGGAAGUUUGUGGCCCAGGUGCUAGACAGGAUCUUCUUGUGGGCAUUCCUGACUGUCUCCAUACUUGGCACCAUCCUUAUCUUCACUCCAGCUCUGCAUAUGUUCCUCAAAAUCCCACCACCAAUUGCAAGUGAGGAUCCAACUGCAAGCUCACAGCUUUAGCACAAAUCAUCUAAUUUCAGUCUAUAAAUCAGUAACAAUGAUUUCAUUAUAGAAUGUCUGUUAUCCUUGUAAUAACUGUGACGCUUAUUUAUCUCAUACUGGUCUUCCACACAGUUCUGUCUGAAACUCCCGUCCCUUCAAUGUGUUCCCUUACUUAGACAGAUUUCAAUUGUUUUUUUCCUUUGGUUUUUACAUAUAUAAACCUCACUUGAACCUUUUUGAAUUACAUCGAUAAGUCAGUAUCACUUCACUUGAAGAAUUCAUGUAAUAAACACAACAUAUUGAAAAUAA